AUGGGACUAGAAGAAGAAGAAGUGGAAUUACCCUGCAACAUUACGGCUAUCCCUGAGGAUGAUAUUCCUACGCUCGUCUUCUGGUACAAGAAUAACAUUACUACCCCGAUUUAUACUCUCGACGCCAGAAAAGGAUCCCUUAGUCUAGCUCGACACGCGUCUGUCUACGAGGCUGUUCGGGUUUACUUUGCCACAGAUACAGAACCAGCCGUCCUAAGGUUUAAGAAACUGAACCGAGGUGACCAAGGGUCAUAUCGUUGUCGAGCGGAUUUUGAUCGAGCUAGGACUCGAUACACCGAUAGUGUCCUGAAGGUUAUUGAGCCGCCCAAGAAGCCUGUGAUUAAAGACCACAACGGAAAGAUACUGAGGAGUCUAAUUGGGCCAUAUAAUGAAGGACACUCUUUGUUUAUUUAUUGUGAUGUCGUUGGAGGUGUUCCCUCACCAAACGUCACGUGGUGGAGAGAAUCCGUUCUUCUUGAUGAUACAUUCAACAUCACGGAGAAAGGAACCAUUACUAACGAACUGAUGAUUCCAGCCUUACAGAGACACGACCUAAUGGCGGCUUUCAGUUGCCGAGCUUCCAAUUACGACCAAAUUUCGCCCUUGUCUUCGACUGUUACGGUGGACAUGAAUUUUAGACCGCUGGACCUCAGGAUUGCUAAGGAACCUGCAACAUUCUCCGCCGGGAAGACAAGCAAGCUGGAAUGCCAAGCGGUGGGCUCCCGACCUGCGGCUAUUCUGACUUGGCGGCUGAACGGUGUGGAGUUAAAAACAGCGAAGACGUCAGUUUCGGUAGAUGGAAACGUCACCACAAGUGUGUUGACUCUUAAACCCUCUGUUACAGAUAAUGGCAAAACUGUGACAUGUACAGCCGAGAAUCUUCUAAUCACAGACAGCAUAUUGAAAGACGAAAGAAUUCUGAAUGUUUAUUACGCUCCACACAUUAGCAUCAACAGUUCCUGGGACGUGAACAACCCGAUAGUGAAGAAAGGACACGACGUGUUUUUUGACUGUAAAAUUCGAGCUAACCCUUGGAUCACCGAUUUUCACUGGCUGUUCGAAGAAGAGGAACUUCAUACUAACAAGACCGCUGGUAUAAUUAUAAGUAAUUACACAUUAGUCCUACAAAAGGUUGACCGCUCAAAGCGAGGUCGUUAUGUUUGUAAGGCCAAGAACAUUGAGGGGGUUGGAGAAAGUCCCCCUAUUCAUCUCCGUGUAGAGUUUGCACCAGUAUGCAAGCCAGGCCAGAGAACUGUGUAUGGUACAGCAGUGCACGAAACGGUGAGAGUACUCUGCGAGGUCGAUGCGGAUCCAGAAGAAGUAACGUUUCGCUGGAUGUUUAACAAUUCUCGUGGAAAGAGAGAGGUGUUGUCCUUUAAGGACGACUUUACUAGAAGCGUAGCAAGCUUCAUCCCCCAGAGUCAGGAAGACUACGGUACGCUGGUUUGUUGGGGGAGUAACAGAGUGGGGGUACAGAAGGAACCCUGCUUUUAUAACGUCAUUGCUGUAGGACCUCCAGCAAUGCCAGUUAACUGUACAGUACGAAACAUCACAACUUCCUCGGUGGACAUUGGCUGCCUUGAGGGUUAUAAUGGUGGCUUAAGUCAACACUUUGUUGUAGAAUUACAUGAAAAUAACCUAGACAGAAUACACACGAAUAUGACUGCCAAGAAACCUGACUUUGUAAUAGAGAGACUUCCGCAAAAUACAAGGCUUCAAAUUAUAGUUUAUGCAGUCAACGCAAAAGGAAGAAGUGAGUCGUGGACAAGAAAUGUCUACACACUUUCUACACUUGAAGAUGUCGAAGAACCUAAGGACCAAUGGUUUGUGGAGUUCAGACCAAUACUUGUUACACUUGUUACAAUUGUAGCAGGACUCAUCUUCGUGAUCCUGGUCAUUAUUCUUCUUGUCAAAGUCCGUUCUAGAAAACAUGGGAAGCGGAACGCAGAUAAAACUGUCGUAGGAGAAGAACUAUGGUAA